GGGCGCUCCCCCUUCCCCUGUCUCCCGGGUCUCUUGAGGAGCCCAGGAAGGAGGCUCGGGUAGUGCCGCCGGGCCACGGGCUGCCGCGACCGGAUUGCAGCCGUUGUUAGCGGGUCAUGUCGGCCGCCCAGGGCUGGGACAGGAACCGCCGGAGGGGAGGAGGCGCCGCAGGCGGUGGCGGCGGCGGCGGCGGAGGUAGCGGGGCCGGCGGGGGCAGUGGGGGCAGCGGGGGUCGGGGGACCGGCCAGCUCAACCGCUUCGUGCAACUCUCCGGGCGGCCGCACCUGCCAGGUAAGAAGAAAAUACGAUGGGACCCAGUUAGGAGGCGCUUCAUUCAGUCCUGUCCCAUCAUAAGGAUCCCUAACAGGUUUUUGAGAGGCCACAGACCUCCACCAGCACGAAGCGGACAUCGUUGUGUGGCAGAUAAUACCAAUCUAUAUGUGUUUGGAGGUUAUAACCCAGAUUAUGAUGAAUCAGGAGGGCCAGAUAAUGAAGACUAUCCUCUCUUCAGGGAGCUUUGGAGGUAUCAUUUUGCUACAGGAGUAUGGCACCAGAUGGGCACAGAUGGCUACAUGCCCCGAGAAUUGGCAUCUAUGUCACUUGUGCUGCAUGGAAACAACCUGUUGGUGUUUGGAGGAACAGGCAUCCCAUUUGGUGAGAGCAACGGCAAUGACGUCCAUGUCUGUAACGUGAAGUAUAAGAGAUGGGCUUUACUCAGCUGUCGGGGGAAGAAACCCAGUCGUAUAUAUGGACAGGCCAUGGCUAUCAUCAAUGGCUCCCUUUAUGUCUUUGGAGGGACAACUGGCUAUAUUUACAGCACAGACCUGCACAAAUUAGAUCUCAAUACCAGAGAGUGGACACAACUGAAACCAAACAACCUAUCCUGUGAUCUACCAGAAGAGAGAUACAGACAUGAAAUUGCACAUGAUGGGCAGAGGAUUUACAUCUUGGGAGGUGGUACUUCUUGGACAGCUUAUUCCUUAAACAAGAUUCAUGCAUAUAACCUUGAAACGAAUGCAUGGGAGGAAAUUGCAACAAAACCCCAUGAAAAAAUAGGUUUUCCUGCAGCCCGAAGAUGUCACAGUUGUGUUCAGAUAAAAAAUGAUGUGUUUAUUUGCGGGGGCUAUAAUGGAGAAGUGAUCCUGGGAGAUAUCUGGAAGCUGAAUCUGCAGACUUUUCAAUGGGUAAAGCUCCCAGCUACCAUGCCAGAGCCAGUUUAUUUUCACUGUGCAGCUGUUACACCAGCUGGUUGCAUGUACAUUCAUGGAGGAGUGGUGAACAUCCACGAAAAUAAACGGACUGGGUCGUUGUUUAAGAUCUGGCUGGUGGUUCCUAGCCUGCUGGAACUGGCGUGGGAGAAGCUGCUUGCGGCCUUCCCCAACCUAGCAAACCUCUCCCGGACACAGCUUCUGCACCUUGGACUCACACAGGGACUCAUCGAGCGCUUGAAAUGAGGAUUUCUGGACUGUUCAUUGAUACUGGAAAUGUUAAUUUAAAGAGACUCCUUUAUUUAUGGGCAGUGUAGAAUGUGCUACAGAGAGGAUUGGUUACCCUGAUCAAGGCCUUAUUCAGAAAAUACAUCAGAUGCCUUUCUGUAAAUUGUUUUAAGUUUAUGGAAUCUCACUUUCCCUCGUGCUUUUUUCUUUGCUUCUCUCCCUUCUGCCCCAGUACACACACACAUACUCACAUACUCCCUCUUCCUUGAUGGAGUUGAGGGAAAGUCUGAAAGUACCUUAAUAAUGUUAUGAAUCAAGAUAAGAUAAAAUUUUAAAGGAACUCUAAACAUAUGACCCUGUCAGGCAGUGCUCUAUAAAUUAAAGCAACAUCAUCAAUAGAAACAAAAAUUAAAUUAAAAAAAUUAAAUCCAGCAACAACAACAAGAAGUUUUGGGGAUAGAACAAGAAGGCUAACCUUGAGACUCUUGCAGAUUAUAGGGAAAGCUAGAUGUUUAACUUCCUGUUUUCAAAGGUACAUCUAAUUGAGCAGCUGGAUCUAAUGGCAGCGGUGGUUGAUGUCUUGCUGCCUAGGUGCCCAAACCGAUCCUUUGACUUUAGAGAAAAGUUCAGCAGCUCAGCAGUUCUUGAUUAGUGAUUUCUUUUCUCAUCCUUAUGGUGCCAGCAGUGGUUAGAGUUGACUUGUCUAAAGACUUUAUUGUGUGUUAUAGUUGUGCUGUUUGUUGUUGCUCUUAGAAAUUAUGGCACCAAGAACAUUUUAAAUCAAGAAAUUUAUGGUGGUCAAAGUUCUUCGUUCUGGGCAGUUUUGAAAUUCUCCUAUGCUUAUUAAUGGUUUCAAGUAUCUUUUUGACUUCAUUGUGGGGGAUUGCAGACCCUAAGUGUGUGGCAUAAAUGCUGUGGGACAUAAAUGUAAGUUCAUGAGAGGCCGGAGUAGAGCAGGGCAGGGAGGGCUUCUGCUCUGGGCUGUGAGCUUUGACUGUCAUAUUGGCCAUUUCCUUUCAGAACUGUUUCUUUUUUUUUUUUUUCUUUAUUGGAGUAUAAUUGCUUUACAAUGGUGUGUUAGUUUCUGCUUUAUAACAAAGUGAAUCCGUUAUACAUAUACAUAUGUUCCCAUAUCUCUUCCAGAACUGUUUCUUUUCUCACUCUGGGCCAUGCACCUACUGUAUUCUCAGGCAAUGGGUUUUAUCUCUAGAAAGCCAGUUGGCCCUUGAUUUUUCUCUUAGCUUUUUGCCUCAUUUUCUGUCUGCUUUAAUGUGCAUGGUGCUGUGAGUAAUUGCCUAGUAACUGGAUAAAAGGUCUUGGGGAAAAGCCACAGGUCAUUCUUCCUGAAGGACUAAGUAUCAUUUUUAAAACUAGCAUGAGGAAGGAAUGAAACUGAGGAUCAUUCACUUUUUGGUGUGAAAUUUUAGUUCUGGUUUGUUUUGUGUUGUAUUUUAAUUCUAAAAAAGAAAUGACCUAAAUUUUUACUUGCUUUGCCAUCAGGCUGCUAGAGUGGUCACUGAGACAUGAGCAGUUGGAAGUCCUUCGGUGUAUGAAAGGUGCUAAAGGUGUGCAAGAGGGCACAGUGCUGAUCAUUCUGUUGUACGUCAUAACAGGAGACUCAGAGGGGAGACUAGGGACAUGUUUUUGCUUUAAGUGCCUCUUUUUCGCUUAGCUUUUAAAAUUAUUCUUCUUCCUUCGUCCCAGAAGGGAAUCUCUUAGGCUCAUGUGUGGAUUUAAAAUCACCUUUGACUUAUGGCUAAAAAGUUACCAUCUAGUGUUCAGUUCUGGGGAAGAGAAAAAUGUGGCCUCUAGACUUGGACUCCUAACCUCCAGGCCUUAUUAUAACCUCCCAUCCAUGUGGGGUUGAGUUCAUAGAGCCUGUGUUCUGCAAGGUCUCGUAACAACCUUUCAUCUGUGAGUUUGGGUCCUUUUGGGGGAGUGAGGGGGUAGGAGGGAGGCAGGGAAAGGAGCAACUACUCCAGAGGCCCCACCCCCCUCUUGCCAUGACCAGUCUGGCCUUUAACUUCUUACCACCCACUGCUAGGCUUGUUCCAGUGAGGAGCUCUCUCCAGAGCAGGUCAGUCUGAGCAGCUCCAUUAGUUCAAAACAAAGCUUUGCUGCAUGACUCCAAUCUAGUCUCUGGAUGUUUGGGCGGAAACUAUCCAUAAUUAAACAAGUCACACUACCCAGGGUGGCAAAAGGAUCUUUGUCCUGGAUUUUUUUUUUUUUUUAACAUCUUUAUUGGAGUAUAAUUGCUUUACAAUGGUGUGUUAGUUUCUGCUUUAUAACAAAGUGAAUCAGCUAUACAUAUACAUAUAUCCCUAUAUCUCCUCCCUAUUGUGUCUUCCUCCCUCUCACCCUCCCUAUCCCACCCCUCUAGGUGGUCACAAAGCACCGAGCUGAUCUCCCUGUGCUAUGUGGCUGCUUCCCACUAGCUAACUAUUUUACGUUUGGUAGUGCAUAUAUGUCCAUGCCACUCUCACUUUGUCACAGCUUCCCCUUCCCCCUCCCCAUAUCCUCAAGUCCAUUCUCUAGUAGGUCUGUGUCUUUAUUCCCAUCUUACCCCUAGGUUCUUCAUGACCUUUUUUUUUUUUGUUAGAUUCCAUAUAUAUGUGUUAGCAUACGGUAUUUGUUUUUCUCUUUCUGACUUACUUCACUCUGUAUGACAGACUCUAGGUCCAUCCACCUCACUACAAAUAACUCAAUUUCGUUUCUUUUUAUGGCUGAGUAAUAUUCCAUUGUAUAUAUGUGCCACAUCUUCUUUAUCCAUUCAUCUGUUGAUGGACACUUAGGUUGCUUCCGUGUCCCAGCAAUCCCACUACUGGGCAUAUACCCUGAGAAAACCAUAAUUCAAAAAGAGUCAUGCACCAAAAUGUUCAUUGCAGCUCUAUUUACAAUGUCCUGGAUUUAUAGGGACCAAAGACUGAAUGCUCAGCCUCUGUGCUUAUCCUUCCAUAGUCCUUGGGAUAUAAGCAGGUCUCUAGUUCUGUGACACCAGAGAGCUGAAAGAGCGACUGGUUCAAUCCACACUUGCUAGCAUCCUUUUUAAAACCUUCUGAAGGCGGUCUUCUUUGAGGUAGACUUUGGAGGCCUGACAUCCAAGACCUUGUGUGUGACGUUUUCAUAAAAGUACAUAUCUUUGGUCUAAAGUGUCUUCUUUUAAUAUAACACUAGUGAAAAUGAUGUAGUAUGAUCGGUUCUGAGUGCUAUAGAACCACACAUGUGCACGUGUUCUGAAUGCCAAAUGAGACUGUGUGUAUGAUGACUUAAAUGUAGAUGACUAGAAUUUUAUAUAGGGAGUCACCAGGCAUUUUAGUAUAUCCAAAACCAGCACUCUGAAUUCCUGACACUGUUACUUGAUUUAGGAAAGUUUAUGCCUGCUGCUUCUCUGCCUCUUUUGAGGUACUCCCAGCUAUCUUACUGCAGUCCUGUAAGUUUAAGUGCAAUAUAUAGAAACACAUAUGGAUAUAUACAGAUUAUAUAUAAGGUGUGACUAUAAAGCAGGUAGACUUCUAUUUUGUAUCUGUCUUGGGGAAGCCAGCUCAUUACUUUAGAGUCAAAUUAUACCAAAAAUUUGAGAUGUGAUUGGCUGGCUUAGGCCAACUCUUGGUAAAGCUGGACUUUCAAGUCCAGUGUUUCCUUACUCCAACUCAGAGACUUGUUGUUUCUUGGGUUUGUUAGAAUUGAGACUUUUCCCCAGUCAUCUUUGUACUAUCUCAUGUUUGCAUAUCUUCUUACAUUUCUUUGCCUAGGAACAAGGAAGUCUACCUGUAAGGAGUUUUCUAAAUGGAGAAUUAAAACCUAAUAUUUAAUACUAUGAGUUCUCCCAUGUAUAUACUAAUUUAUCUGUGAAAGUGAUACUUUAUUAAAUGAAGAAAAUGAUGCUUUCUUCAUUUAACAAGGUAUUUUCCAUAUUCUGGAAAAUCUAUAAACCAAUAUAGAAUAGAUUGAAAUUUUAACUGUUCAGGGGCCAAACUGAAACCCUCUCUACUGGCAGAUCUUCUUUUUUCAGGGCCCUGGUGACAUGAUGUAAAAAUUUGCUCUAAGCUAUUCAUGUCCGUUACAUAGCUAGAUUUAAAAAUAUAAUAAUAAACAUUAACAUUUCUAAGCGAAAGGUAUAGUAACAGUGAUCUUUUCAUUACCCAGAGUAAAGCACAGAUAAUUGAAAUCCAUAGAUAAUCAGUGUUUCAACUUUUCUAUCAAACAAUUGAUUGAUUUAUAGUUCUUCCUUCUCCCUACCCUUUCCCACAAGCACCUCCUUUUCAAUGGAGUGGGGCUAAUGUGUAGUUAGAAAUUGAAAAGCAGGAAUCACAGAGGGGCUAGAAACCAGCAAACAUAUAAGCAGCCCAGUUAGCUGUAGGUGGUCAACCUGAUGACAGCGGUUAAUGGUGAGUUUAGAUGUCACUCUUCACUCUUCUGCUUUGGCAUAGUCUCCUGCCCUGAGUUCUAGGCUGUCUCUCCUAUAACCACCAAAGAACUCUUAGCACAUAUUGGAAGAAAAAAGCUGUGUAUGAUGCAGAGGAAAUCCCAUCAUUUGAAUACAUUUCUUUGGAUCUUUGCAAAUACUUGCUUUUCCACUAUUCUUGAAGGAGCCUCAACCUUUCCUACAACCCAUAUAGCUUGGCUUGUAGGAGAGGUUGAAUUAUCCUCUAAGACUACGUUGGUCUUAAUUCUGUAAAACCAGUUUGUUUUUAUGUGGUCUUAAAGAUGUUUAGAAGGUGGCAUAGGUUACUGAAUUGUCCACCUGCCAGCACUCUGAUAUAGCACAAAAAGUCAAUUUCCUCAUUCUUCAUUGUUCUAGCAUUGAGCUCCAGGAUGGAUGAGGGUUUAUGGUCCUAUGAUCAUAAGCUUCCAAAACUGGUCACCAUUUGCUUAAAUUGCUUAGGUUCCCCAAAUGCCUCGGGGCUCUAGGAGCAUUGGCAGGGCCUGAGGUAGGCUUGGUAGAGUUCUGUAACCUCUGUGUGCAUCGCCACCAGAUCAUGCCCAGCAGUGGCGUUUCCCUUCUAAGGUCGUUAGAUUUGGUGGAAAGCGACCUCUUCCCUCAUCUGGUGUUACGGAAAGAAGUUUUGAGUUGUGCUUCAAAAGUGGUACUAUCUUUUUAACAUAAUUUUCAUGUUUUUAUUUUUUUCACUUUUUAGAAGUUUUUAAAAGGCCCUGCUUAGUCACUGUACAGGGUGAGUCAGAGGCAGUUUCACCAAGCUGUAGUAAUUGCUGUUUUACUAGUUGCACAUUUAGAAUACAAAGGAGGCAUCAGAAACACACUUUCUCUAAAGCCACUUCCUUGUACACAGAGUCUGAGCAGGGACAGCGCCAGGCAUCUCCCUGUAAAGGCACCUGCCAAUGAGGAUCUUUCUGGAAGAACUAGGCAAGAAAGGGAAGCCUCACUCACAUGCCGUCUCUGAGGCGAGCCUGGGCUUGGCUCUUGGUACAGGGUAUGCUUAGGCCACACACGAUGCUUGCCUUACUUUAAAGCUGUUUGCCACAGUCCUGUUAAAUAGUGUGGAAGUCCUUUUGCAGUCUGGUGUGCAUGCCAUAUGAUCAGGACAGCUUUUCCCACCUUACCUGAUUUCCUACAAGCAGGUAGGAAAUAUAGUGAACUUACCCUAAAAUGUCCAAUCUGUAUUUAUGUAUCUUGUCAGUGUUUUGCUGUUGGUUUUCUAAAACAAUCUGAUCAAUAAAUCUUAUCCAGAUCUAUUUGGUUCAAGGCCA